AUGUGUGUGUCUCGACUGGCUUUGCUCUUGGGGCUGCUUCUCUGUGUGGGGGCUCAGCUGUCCUUUGCCCAGCACUGGUCCCAUGGUUGGUAUCCUGGAGGAAAAAGGGAGCUGGACUCCUUUGGCACAUCAGAGAUUUCAGAGGAAAUUAAGCUGUGUGAAGCAGGGGAAUGCAGCUACCUGAGACCCCAGAGAAGGAGUAUCCUGAGAAACAUUCUUCUGGAUGCCUUAGCCAGAGAGCUUCAGAAGAGAAAGUGACAUCUUUCUAGAGACGGCUUUUCUAUAGUAACCCACUUCCUUUGUAUUUCUGCCUUGACGUGAUUUUGUGAUCAUCUGGCCUUG